UCUCAGGAGAAGGGCAUCCCCAAAGAGACGGCGACGUCACCGUGCAAAGCAAACUGCAAUGAUGAGUCAUCGUUGUUGUGCUCUCGUUCAUGUUUAAUUUCUUUUGAAACACUUUAUUUUGUUUUGUUGUUAUUUCUGUCAUCAAUGAACUGUCAAAUAGAACGUAGUUUGAUCGCGAUAACGAUACAUACGUUUUGAUGUGAUAAUACUUCGCGCAUUCUUGGUACACUUACGUAAACUUGUUUGUGUUUGGUUUUUGGACUUCCUAAGACGAUGAAGCUGGAAAUAAGUGACGGUCAUUCCAACCAUUCGGACUUCUCCUGCGAUAGCCAGUCCUCGCAGGGAUCAUCCACAAAUGAUUUCGUAUCUACGGUUCCGACCACGAGAUCCCUUCUCACUUUGGCCAACCUAGAGGGCCUCCAGUCGGGGGUCCCAACCCGCACUACGGCGACCAUAACGCCCACGCAGUUGCGCAGCUUCGAGCAGACCUACAUCGAGCUGAACAACUGCCACAGUGAGCGCACCAGCCACGCGGGCUUCGUGCCGCCCUCCGUGGCGCAGGCCAAUUCUUACGGCAUCCUGAAUCCAGUGAGCUACUGUGACUCGGGCCCGGCGACGCUGCAUGUGUCGCCGGGCCCCCUCUCCGCCAGCGGGGACAGCAGCAGCAGUCCCGGCCUGCCGGCCCCCAAGCGACGCAACAUGGGUGGCAGAAGACCAGCCAAGACCCCCCAGGAUAUCACGCCCGAGGAGGAGGAGAGGAGGAAGGUCCGCCGCGAACGAAACAAAAUGGCCGCCGCGCGCUGUCGCAAACGAAGGCUCGACCACACCAACGAAUUGCAAGAAGAAACUGACCAACUCGAAGAGAAGAAACAGAUGCUACAGGAUGAAAUACGCAAACUCAAUGCCGAUAAAGAACAGUUGCAAGCGAUACUGUCUAACCAUAUGCCCAUGUGUCGACUCAACAAGCGCUCGACGAGCCCGCCUGACGUCAAGCCCUUCCAGGAGACCUACGGCUACCCCGACAUAGCGGAGGACGGGGUCAGGGUCAAGGUUGAGGUGAUCGACCAAACCGUGGACCUCGGGUUAGAUAAUGAUAUCUAUGCCUCGCCGACGCCGGACAAAAGAAUAAUGCUGUCGGCGGCCAACCCCGCGGUGGUGACGAGCGCGUCGGCGCUGGACACGCCGCCCGUGCGCCCCAACCGACCCAACUUCCUGCAGGUGCCUGUCCCUUUGACUCCUGCGCAGAUCCAUAACAACAAGGCACUGGGCAACAGUAACAAAAUCGCCGGCAUCGAGAUCAGUACACCCAGCAACGGUAUACCGUUCAACUUCGACAGCAUAAUGGAGGGCGGCACCGGACUGACACCCGUGUAUCCGCACCCACACCCUCACCCGCACUCUCACCCGCACCCGCACCCGCACCCGUGCGCGCAGCAGCAACGCAUCACCCCCGACUUGUCCUCCCCGGAUGCGCACAACAGCCUCGUGAGCCUCUGAGACCAUCUCUCCGCCGUCUGCCCUCUGUUCGAGCCUCUGGACCUCUUAACGGACCUUGAGGACUCGAUGUAGCAGCACGGCAAUAUAUACAGAAAGUAUCGCGACGAGUUGGUUGCACUACACAUACCAUAGACGCUUCAUUGGCGAAAGUAUCACAAUAUUCCCAUCGCACUAUAUCUUACAAUUAUCUUCAUGUAUGUUAUACAUUUUAGAUAAACUAAAAAAAAUAAAACUAAAUAUUUUGCUUAUUUUAGGACGGGGAAUAGUGAUACUUUUGCCUAAUUUAUUAUACAUCUGGAAUUUAAGGGCUUGGUGUUGCCAGAUACGUGUAGACAGUAUUUAGUUCAUGAUAUAAAAAUAUACCGAACUCUUUUAAUUUUAAGAUGGCAACACACAUCCCCUUAGAGUUUUGCUCGUGCCUUGGCCGUCGGACGCCGCGUUAGACGUGGCGCGCCGAAUAUAGUAACGUAACGCACGUAACGUGUAAGACUACGCUAUUUAUACUUCAUCCUUUUUACUCUCUAGUUUCUCUAUCGUGCUAUCUCUGUCUCCCCCGCCGGCUAUUACGGGGGUAACGUAACUCACUUGCUCAUUACGUGCUUUGUAUUUAUAUUUGAAUACAGUAGUCUUAUAUCAUAGCGUAUCGGCCUACAAAAGUCAAUUGAUAUCUAAGCUCUUCUAGUAUUCUAAAGGAGAAUAUUUUUUUAUAUUUAAAUAGUCUGUAUUUCACAUACGAAAUUGUGAUUUAUGAAAAAAAAAUUACAUGAAAAUAAAACAGAGUUUUAUUUGAUAGCAUUUCAGGGAUAAUUAUUUCGAGUUGUGCUUAAAUAUUCUAGCGAGGCUAGACUAGUUGUAUUUUGUAUUAAAUCUAUGUAAAAUAUAUCUCUUACAAACAUUAUUACUGUUGGCAUCACAUAAGUUGAGACUGGGGUGUAAUUAUUAUUUCGGACGUCACUUUUUAGAUUUCCAUUUGACAUCACGAAUGAUGUCACAUAGAUAUUGCUUUAAGCUUGUAUUCCUAUUGAUUUUUAUUAUCCUCGUUGUUAUAUAUAUAUGCCAGAAUUGAAAUUUUUAAUUGGUUAUAAACUAAUAAUCAUUUUGUAUGGGGUUUAAAAAUGUUAGCAUACCCUCAAUUUUGAAUUUUUUUCUAUAUAACAGUUAAAAGUCCAUAAGCUGGAAAGUGUCAACUUAAGUGACGUCACCUGUACGUGACGGCACAAUGUUUUGUCAUACUACCCUCGACGUCUUCGUCACAUUGUCAUAUUAUAAUAAACCGUGUGCCAUUCGCUACGUCUACUCUCAAUAAAUACAAUAAUUAAUGUGUACGGAUUAUUUAGUUAACCAUAGACUAACAGCAAUAUUACUUAAUGGUAUACUGUUAAUCUGGGUAACUUUUUUAUUCAAUUUCACUUCAAAACACAAAUUCAUAAAUAAUUUGUUUAAUUUAACGAAUCUUUUAAACUAUUUUUCGAACAUUUUUGACGCUCUUUUCUCUUUUCUGGGUUUAUAUGUUUUGUACUAAUAUAACAGUUAUUUUUAAUGGAUAUUAUCAAAUGUAAUCUAAAAUAUUAAAUAAUCACAAUCAUAUUUUUUUUCUUUUAAUUAUUUCAAAUUAUUUAUUGCUUUAUAGAUUAACAUAAAAACGUUUUUAUUUUUAUAAUUUAGAAUAUAAACAGAUGAAAUUUAAAAAAAAACCUUGUUUGGUUUUAAAAAAAGAAGGAUAAUAAUACAUUAUCCUGUCCAAAAAAGUUGUGGGUAGAAAUCUAAACAACUAUGUAUUAAAGAAUCAAAACACGAUACAGUUUUAUUUUGAAAAAAAUAAUCAAAUCAAGAUACAAAGUUUUAUUUUGAAAAAUAAAAGAAUCAAAUCAAGAUACAAAGUUUUAUUUUGAAAAAUAAAAGAAUCAAAUCAAGAUACAGUUUUAUUUUAAAAGAAAAAAAAAAUUUUACUGGUAGUAAAGUUGCAUUGAAUAACAAAGUUACUCGGAUUUAGUGUAAUUAAUAUAUUGAAUUUAAGUUAGCUCAAUGUCGAUGUAAUGUAAUACCGUUCCAUUGGAUUAGGUACUGCUGGACUAUUCAUUAUUUUGGUCUUUAUUAUCAACCUAAUAAAGUGGACAACAAAGUGUCGACUAAAUACUAUAUGAUAAGCACCGGAUCACAAUUGUAAUUUGUAUUAUAGUAUGUGGAUGGCAUUUUGUCUAUUGAUUUGUUUUUUAUUUAGAUAGGAUGAUAAUUAUGACCAAAAUAGGAAAUAGGUCAGCUGGUAGUGUAAAGUUAUUGUGUAAGUAAUACUUGUGAUACGUCCAGUGACGCGCGCUCCGCAGGGAGGCGGUCAUUUUAUAUUGUGCAUACUCAUUGCCUCGUCCCAAAUUGUGUUUAAAUAUAUUAAUUAGUAAUAAAAAUAACUAAAUUAUUUAAAAAUAAUUUGUAAUAACUUAUUUUCGCAUUGGUGCAUCAACUUUACAUUUAAUUUUACAAUAAAAGAUAAAAAUUCGCUUACAUAACAAAUACUUUUUUUUUUUAAAUGUACAACUUUUUUCACUGCUCUUAGGUUCUUGUCUUUUAUAGAAUUAAUAUGAUAUUAAAAAUAUGACUUGUCAAUAAAAAAGAAACAGUACCUACCAUGAAGAAUUGUGUUGAUUAUUACGUAAGCGGGUUUUAUUUUUUGCAUCCAUUUGAAUUAGAAUUAGAAAAUUAUCUUGUUUAGGAAAUCCCCGUAUAUAAAUAUACGAGACAGCGUUUUAUUUAGAGGCAUGGGUUAAUGAUUGUGGUUUUGUACCAAUUGUGUACGCUGGAAUAAACAUAAUCGGCCUUAUCAAUACAAAUACUUACAUUUUCGCAUUAACACUGAUUUUUAUUAAAUACUUUUUGAACUGAAUACUUUUAUCAAAAUAGCAGUAAAUUGUAAUAGUUUGUGCGAAGGUGUAAUGUUUCUAUUUAUAUGACCGUAUUAGAUUAAGGCAAUAAUUAGGCUAGGUGCACUUAACCCUUUAACUGUAAUACGCAUAACUUAGACCAAAUUAUUACUUUAUGUGCUUUAUUGUAGUUUUAAUUAAAAUCUAAGCCAAAUAUUGAUUUUAUGUCGUUAAUUUUAUGUUUUUAGGUUAAAACCGCCGUUUCCGAAAAAGUAUUAUUGGUUAGAUGCAGAGGAAUGCGGAGUAUUUAUUUUAAAUAAUUAUUUUAUCAUUGAUUCAGAUCAAACCAAAAAGAGGAAAAAUCAUUAAAAACAACUAACACCGUCUUUCUUGCUUUGAAAACAUCCAACUCGUUAAUUCUUCAAAAUCGCAUUUUACUAUCUAUCUUUCUAACUUUUUUCCAAUAGAAUUUUUAAUUCGAUCUUUUUUUGGUUUGAUUAAUUUUAUUUUUAAUUUUACCAUUUUUUAGUACCAUGGUCAAUCAUAUUAAUUUAUGAGCAAACUUUAUUUAUAUACAAAUAAUUAAAUAAUCGCCGAUUCAACGUCGUAAGCAUAAUAUGAACAUUUUAGAUAAUAAUAAUUAUUAAGAGAGAUGUAAUUUUUUCUAGAAGAUUUUUUCUUAAAUGCAAUCGUAGAAUACUUUUGUAUUUUUUCAUGUGAGGAAAAUUAUUAUCAAAGCAAUAUUAUAUUUGAUAAAAUUUAUUGUUCUAUUACCGCCAGAUGUAGUAAAUUAUAUUAUGUAUAAAUCAGAAUAUAUAUAGAUUUGUUUACGUACACCCGA